AUCUUCAUACUGGUAUUUUGUCCUUUGGUUUGCAGCAAGUGGACUAAAAACUCUCUUUACUUACACUGAUAUAAUGGCAUAGUUGAUAAUAACAGUCACUAUACGAAGGCAUUACAGAUUCCUCAAGUUCCUGUUAAGAUCUUCCUCGUCUUGACUAAGGUACACGUUACCAUGAGUAACAACACUACUACAGAACACUACGACUACCCUACUACAGCACCAGUACCAGUAAAUAAUGGAACGCUGCCUACCAACAGCACUAUUAAGACUUAUCUACAAACUGGUUCACUUAUGAAUAAAUAUGCUUGUAGUUGUUCAAUAGAGGUGUGCGCAAAAGAGCACUUUGGCCUAAUCGUUUCCGUGUGUGCUUUAAACCUGUUUUUCUUGAUCAUCGUGACCCUUUGCAUUUGCACUAAGCGGAACUGCAGUAAAAAGUCAAGCAGACACGACAUAGAAGCCAAAAAGAUGACCACACUUGAAAGGACAACCGCAGAACAGAGUGACAACCAAAGCCCCACCGCCAUCACUCCAAUAGCAGCGCCCCCACGAAAACCCUUACCUCUUCCACCAUCUUCAUCUCGACAACCCUCAACCGCUUAUACCGAGCAUCCGACCCACUUAGAGAUAAUAUCCGACAAUAGCUUCCAUUACCAAGAACAAAAUAUUGAUGACGAUUCGCAGGAUAUAAAGACACCAGGCUUUAGGCGUGCGUUGAUUCCACCACCCCAACGACGGCACAGGCUACCCAAUGCACCACAACCAUCAUCAAGUAUGGAGACGAAUUAUUAUGAAGUAUCAUCGUAUCUUAGACCUCAGGAAGGAUUAGUGGUACAAGGUACAAGUCCAUACGCAGAGCUAACGUACCAGAGAAGGGAAUCGCGUGCAGAUUCAACGACAAAAAAUAAGGGAUAUCUCGGGUUGAAUUCUUUGACGAGAAUACGUGCGAAAAUGAAAAAAAAUCGUACCAGUAACGAAUGAUAAACGCAUUUCAAUAGGACGUUUGCCAUGAUGGGGUUAAUGACCUCUACUACCAGACUCCCUUGCACGCUUUCUUUUGUUCAGUUAAUUAGCGCUUAUUGUCUCACUAUUCUCAUGAGGAAAUACAAAUUUGAAUAAGAAAGAAAAUUCGCGAAGCAUUAUGGUAGUGGGAGUCAAAUGACGCCAUCAUGCAAACGUCCUAUGAACGUUGUCAGUUGGCGGAUCUGAAAUGGGCGAUCUGAGACAAAACAGAGCGUUUGUUCUUUCAGGCCUCAUAUUCCAAUCUACGUCGUUUGACUGUAAACUGAUAUAUUCAAGUUUGAAGCGUGUUACUUCCCCUCAGAUUUCAGAUCCGCCAACCCACAACGUUUAUUGAAAUAGGUGUAUACACUCAAUAUAUCACUUGGGAACGGGCUGGGGGAGACAAUCGACUAAAAUCACCGAACCAGAAAAAAAAUUAUGCCACAGUUCUAUAUCGGACAUAUCGCCAACUGCUCUUGUUAAGUUUACAUUGGUUUAUUGCCGUAUGUAUUUUAUAGAUUAUUAUAGAUUAUUAACAUUUAAAAAUAUUUAUAUUUUUGACGCUGUUGCAGGUGAUGUUCACUCAGACGUACGCCAAAGAUCACAUGACCGUUUCCCGCCAUAUUUGAUGCGUAACGUUUAUUCCGAAUUCUAAAACCAUUCGCGUUUCAAAAAGGGCGGGAAAUGGUCAUGUGACAAAAUGAUAUAAUUAUACAUAUGUACGUCGCGCAUGUUCAUAGCACGAACCUUUCAGUAAUGUAUAUAUAUUAUCAAGCGCAAAUAUUUUCCCAGUAGGUCUUUGCGCGCCGAGCUCACCACAGGUAUCCCAAAAAUGAAAUUAGUAAUUGAGUGAUUACCAAAUGAUUGAUAUUACAAUAUAAAUUACAUCCUAGAGUUUUGAAUUUAAAAUUAUAAAUAGUAUAUUUGAUUACAAUUUGUACAUUUAGGAAGCCUUUUGAGUUCAAGGCUAACUGUGAACUUAAAUAUAGAUAUCUUCAUGUUCCA